UUCGAUUUAAAAUUUAUUUUUUAUUUGUUUACUAUAAUAACAAAAAAAAUAAAUAAAUGUCUCUUGGAGUCAUAAGAUGUUUACGAGGAUCUUUGUCACAUGAAAGAAGUUUAUUUUACGAUUGUCAUUUCAGCAUUUUUACAAAUUUGAUUUAACUUUAAGAAUCCAUGGAUUUUAUGUCAUACACUUGUUUUCAUUUGGUGUGAAAUACAACAAUGAAAUAAAAUAAACUUUUUUAUACAUUAAUAAACUCUUUGGUACUUGUGGCAGUUGUAUCACAUUUAUUUUUUGUUUUUUAUUUGAGGCCUGCCACUUGUCUCUCAGAUGUAUAUGAGAAAACUUGGAAAAAACAUCGUUACGAUUAUAUCAGUUGACUCUAAUAACAAUAAAAAGUUUUGAUGAUCCAGAGGUGUCAACUUUUAGAUGUGAAUUUUCUUACGUGCUAUAACUGAUGAGUUAAAAAAAAUUUUAUGAAUUUUAUUUUUACUCAAACGUCUGUCUUGAAUGUCUCAGCAAAAUAAUUUUAUUGCUCAAAAAUAAAAACAUUUUUUAAAUAGUUUAUUCAAAUACUCAACGAAAUUUAUUUUUUUAUAAAAACGAAACAAUUUAAUUUGAUUUUGACUAGAGCAAAUAAAUUUUUAUUUCGAUAAUUUUUAUUCUCAUUAAAUUCUGGAAAUAAUAAUUUAAAUUUUUACAAUUGCUUUGAUUUAUUUAUUGCUAAAAAUUAUUUUACAAAUCGAAAUAUUUCUUGUUCUAAUCAAAAAUAAAUAAAACUAAUUUUUUAAUUUUUUUUUUCAGUAUUUUUCUUUUUUUUUUGCUUUACACUUGCUAUAAAAAAAAAAAAAGAAAUACUCAAAUUUUUAUUGAGACAUUGAUCGGUCAACAAAAAACAAUAAAUCAGUGUUACAAACAGAAAUUUAAUUAUCAAAUUGUUCAACUAUUUGCUUGUAUAUUGUAGAGAAAUAUUCAAUCGCUUUAAAUGGCAAUAGAUUUAAGAAGCAAAACCACCAAAGACACAAGACAAGUCAACAAAGAUUUAUUAUCUCAAGCAAAUAUCUAAAACUGAGGGUGAUAAAAAAAAACUUGCUAAAUUCCAUAGCACUAAUUUUCUUGGACUGUCUUAAAACACUCAUUAAUUAAAUCAACGCUGACCAAAAUUAAAAAAAAAGAAAUUAUCUUUAAUGUUAAUUUAAUUUUAAACAUUUAUAAAUUUAUUUUUUAUAUAUCCACUUAUCAAUGGAGCGAUAAAAAUUCAAAUAAAGGAUUUUUUAUUUCAUGUUACGGAAAAAGACUGUUAUACCAACACGGUGAGCGGAAAUGCGUGCGGAAAUUACAAUUUAUUACGGAAACGAAUCUUUCAUUUUUAUCAAGAUACACGCGACUCACAAAAUAAUACUAAUUAUCAUAAAAAAAAAAAAAAGAUAUUUAAUUAAUAUGAUUUUAUAAAUUUACCUAGAUUUAUAUAAAACAUGCUAUUAUUUUUAUUUCAUUCAAAAAUAAGACAUAAUAAAAUUAUUUUAAAAUACACUUUGUUAAUUUAUAUGAGUGUAAUUACGUGAGUCAAUGACUGACCCAUGUCGACCCUGAAAAGCCAUGACUCAUAAUUUAAUUUUAUACCACAAGUUUAAAAUUCAAUUUGUAAUUAUUUAUUGUUUUUUUUUAAAUUAUAUUUUAUAUAGAUCCUAAAUGGAAAAAUUUAAUUUCAUUCAGUUUUUUUUAUUAUUGUUAAAUUGUAGUUCUUGGAAUGAUGAUGAAAUAAUUAUUGUUGAUUGAUCAAUUUAUCAAAAGACAAUUUUAUUUGGCUUAAAAACAUAAGUGUUUACAAUUUUUUUUUUAUUUUAUUUAUAUAGGAAUGUGUGUGUAAUGUGUGUGAUGUAUGUGUGUUAAUAAAUGAUAACCUCGGUUCUUCUUGGCAAUGCGAUAUCGUUGGCUACAUGUGUCUCCGUAUUUUCUUGAUGUUUAUGACUUACGAGUAUGGAACUUACCAGACGUUUUAGUAUUUGUUUCUCGCAUUUAAUUUACGUCUUAUCAAUUAUUCUCAAGUUUUCGUAGAACACUGUUAAUCAUUGACAAGUUUCAGGAAGUAGGUCAACUUUUUUUGUCGCUUUGUAUUGUCAUAAAUAAUGAUUAAAUAAAAAUAUAAAAAAAGAAAAUCAAAUUAAAACAAAUUAAUACAAUACUUAAUGAAAUAUCAUUUAAUUAAAAUUAAUUUUUAUUAAUUCAUCGUGGAAAAUAUUUAACCAUUUUAAUUUACAAGUAAAAUUUUUAUUUUAGUUUUUUUUACUUGACCACAUUGAUCACAAAAAUAAUUGGUCAAUCAUUCGUAUGUACUGAUAGAAAUUUUCCGAAAAUUAUUGAGUAAGAGUAUGUGGAAGGAGAAAGUUUUUUUUUUUUUUUUCAUUUUCCGGAAAAUAUCAAUUUGAUGAAUUCGUCAAGCGGUUUUUGGAUAUUGCAUGGAUUGUGAUAUUCAGCAAUUUAUAUAAGCGAUUGAAUUAUGAGUUUUUGUUUGAAAAAAAAAAAAAAAAUUAUUGGUAUCUAUGGUCAUUACUUUGGUGUUAUUUCGAUGAUUGUUUUUUCCACUUGGAUGAAAUUUUUCAAAAAUAAACGUGGUUAAAUUUAGAUUGUGUUUGUACAAUUAUCAUCGGUGUCAUUUAUAAUUAUUUUUAUAUUAUUUUAUGAUUUUUCAAAUGUCAAUAAAAUGUUUUUAUAUAAUUUCAAAUGACAAGUUAAAUUUAUUAUUGUUUUUAUGUUAAUUGACAUGUAAUAUUUAUUUUGAAUUAUAUCUAAUCAUUUCGAAAUCGAUGUAGGCAUAAUAAACAAGAAAUUGAUGUACAAAGACUACUGAGAAAAUACGAUGUUUGAUAUAAAAUUUAAAAAAAAAAAAAAAACAAAAUCAAUAUCUGAUAAAUCGAUCAUUCAAACGACUAUCUAAUGUUUACUUAAGUAUAAUUCAAGUGCACCUACUGUUACUAUAUAAUUGUUAGAAUAUUUGUUAGGCAACUCAUUCCAAAUCAAGUCAUAGAGUUAUAAGUUUGAUUUUGAUUUGAUAUUGAAUGAUAGUAUAAUCAUGUCGAAAUAUACUCUUGGUAUUUGCGUCUUUCUUGUUGCUUUGACAAUAGCAGCAUCUUGUACACCACCAGGACGACUUUGUCAAAAUGACGGUGAUUGCUGUUUUCCCCAAUGGUUCCGUUGUCUUGAAUUUGUCGGACGAUGUGUAAAACGUAGACCUACAUAUAUUACAACAACACCAGCUGAUAAACCAGGAAAACCAUCGUCAGGAACUGAACGUCCAAGACCACCACCAACUUCAGAGCCACAUCCACCACCAACUGGUAAACCAGAUAAGCCAUCAACAGGAGGUGAACGUCCACCACCACCAACAGUGCAACCACCACCACCACCACCACCAGCAGGAUCUACUUCAAGGCCACAUCCACCACCACCAACACCAACUGGCAGACCAGAGAAACCCACGUCAGGUACUGAACGACCAGGAUCACAUCCACCACCACCAACAUCACACCCGACUCCACCAUCACACACUGGUCGACCAAUUACUGAACCAACAUCAUCAUCAUCAUCAUCAUCAUCUGAAGAAACAUCAGAAUCAUCAGGGUCAUCAUCUGGCUCAUCUGAGUCAUCGACAUCGUCCGAGUCAUCAGAGACAUCAUCUGAAACAACAUCUCAAUCUCCAGUAAAACCAACAUCAGAUGGUUCAGUAGAGCCAUCAUCUGAGGGACCAGUAGAAGCAACAACAUCAAGUGAAUCAGAAGAAUCAUCAUCUGGAUCACCAGUUGAACCAGCGACAUCAGAGGCACCAGCAGAAUCAUCUUCUGCAGAACCAACUCAACCAGAAACAUCGGAGACAACCGAGGAAUCAUCAAGUGGAUCACCAGUUGAACCAACAACAACAGAAGCAUCAGAAGAAACAUCUUCUGCAGUUCCAACUGAACCAGAUGCAUCAGAAAAACCCGAUGAAUCAUCAUCUGGAUCACCAGAUGAACCAGCAACAUCAGAGGCACCAGUAGAAGCAUCUUCUGCAGUACCAACUCAACCAGAAACAUCAGAGACAAACGAAGAAUCAUCAUCUGCUUCACCAGAUGAAUCAGCGACAUCAGAGGCAACAGCAGAAUCAUCUUCUGCAGUACCAACUCAACCAGAAACAUCAGAGACAAAUGAAGAAACAUCAGAAGCAAACGGAGAAUCAUCAACUGGAUCACCAGUCGAACUAACAACAACAGAAGUACCAGUAGAAGCAACUUCUGCUAAUGCUGAACCAACUGAACCAGAAACAACAGAUGAAAUAGUAACAGGAGAACCUCAAUUAGUUCAAAUAUUCUAGAUGUUUUUUUUGUCAAAAAAUAUAAUCUGUUAUCGUUAUGUAGCAAGAUAUAAAACAAACAAAUGUAAUCCACACUUUAUCUUGAUUAGUGAUUGUUUUCAAAAAAAGAAAAAAAAAUAAUAUUGUCAAUGUCUGUCGUUCAUUUGAUAUGUUUUUUUUUAGCUGAUAACUUCAACAAGGGCCUUGAAUUUUCUGUAUAAUAAUUCUAAAUAAUAAAUAUAUCUAUAAAAUUAGGCAAUAAUAUAUCGGCCACUUUUGAUUUUUAUCAUUAAAAAAUAGCCUUUUAAAUUCAAAUCGACAAUAAAAUUCAACAAAUAAAAAAUAUACUUGUCUUAAUUAUAUAGUUAUUCAAUCUUCAAAUAAAUAAAAAGAAAAAUUUAAAUUUUAAAUCACUACAUUCUUUGACAUUAUUUUAAUUUAAAAGUAUAAAAAUUAUUUUUUAAAGUUACAUAAUAAUGAUAACAAUCUAUUAUUAUAUAUUUUUUUUAUCAGCACAGAUUGUAGAUUAAAUGAUCAUGAUAAUUUUUAUCAUCUAGAGUAUAAAUACCUUUAUCCUCAUCGAUAUAAAAUCCAGUCAGUAAAACGAAGAAUAACCUCUUGUAUUGUUCCUUUUUUCAUUCGGAAAAAUCGAAAUUAUAUAAUCUAAUAUAUUCAAAAAAAAACAAACAAACAAACUAAUUAUGGGAAAAAUAUUUCUAUUGUUUCUUGUCUUUGUUUUCAUCUUUGUUUUGAUGGCUUCAAUGGUAGCUGCUGAUAACUGGGGUUUACCAAGCUGUGCAAAAGUUGGAGAAAAAUGUUACACGACCGAACAAUGCUGUGAAAAAUUGAGGUGUUUAUUCUAUGCUGCUAAAUGUGUCACUUAAAAAAAUAUUCAAAUAAAUUUUUCUCAAUCAUAAACGAUUCAUCAUAAAAAUUUUAAAUAAAAAAAAUAAAUUGAUCAAUCAUCAUGUGGUAAUAAAAAUUUUAUAAAUAAAAAUAAUAAAAA